UAAGCAUAAAAAGAGGAAUUCCCAUCCCCAGCCCUAGUCUCAGGAAAACAAAACUCUAUUUCUUCCAUAAUUUUCUGGAAAAACAUCAAAACCCGCUUUAAACCCUUAAAACGACACCGUUUCACCUCGCUCCAGAAACCUCUCUCUCUCUCUCUCUCUGUGUCUCUGUGAACCCUAACCCUAAAACCAGAACAAAUCAAAAAAAAUCCACGAAUGGAUGAUAGCAAACGAAAGUCCGACCCGAAUACCCGAUUCUACGACCCAUACCAAGGGAUCCAAGUCCCGAUCCCGGUUCGAAACGUCUACCAACUCCCCACCGCCCCUCAAUUCCUCUUCGACGAAGAAGCUCGCCGGAGCCGCCGUAAUAUCAGCGACAGCCUCACCUUCUACACCGGCUGCGGCUACGUCGUCGGGGCUAUUGGCGGUGGAGCUUCCGGCCUCGUUUCCGGAGUCAAAUCGUUCGAGCCCGGCGACACCUCAAAGCUCCGGGUUAGUCGGGUGCUCAACUCUUCCGGCCACGCGGGUCGGGCGUGGGGGAACCGGCUGGGGAUCAUCGGUCUCAUUUACGCCGGCAUGGAGAGCGGGGCCAUGGCGCUGAGGGACGUGGACGAUGUGUGGAAUAGCGUGGCGGCCGGGCUUGGUACCGGCGCCGUGUAUAGGGCGGCGCGUGGAGUGAGGUCGGCUGCGGUGGCGGGUGCCUUCGGUGGAGUUUUGGUUGGAGCUGCCGUGACCGCGAAGCAGGCUUUGAAGCGAUAUGUGCCCAUUUGAAUGAAUGAAAAAAGAUGGGAACUUGAUGAUGGUUAUAAGUAUAUGGGAAGCGGUCCCUCAUUGCAUUAUGUGUUGCCUAUGACGUGAAAGAAAUUCCAGAAGCUUUGAGGAUCAAGAAAGAACUAUUCUAGAACUAAAGAUGUUUUUUCUUACAUCUCUUUUUGCUUGGCUUCCUUCUUGGGGUUUUUAUUGUUUUUCCUCUCUUUUAGAUUUCAGUGAUCACUGUACUCUACACCAUGAUUGAUGGUGUCUCUAGUAUAUGUCCUGUAAACAUUUUUUUUUUCUUUCAAUAAAUUAAGUUA